CCUUCCCGGCCCCGCUCCCGCAUCCCCCCGAGCCCGCCCGGGCAGAGCGAGGCGGGAUGGAUGGCGCCCGGCUCCUCGCCGUGCCGCCGGCCCCCGAUGGGUUAAUGUGCUUUUCCGCUGCUCCCGGCCGGGAAUGGAAGUGUUUCCCGACGUGUCAGUCGUGACGCGUGGGUCGCCGUGGGCAACUCCUUUGGCGCCGAGUAAACGCUGCUUUAUCAUAAGGCGUAGCCCAGCAGGAGGAACCAGGAGCUGUCCCUGUGAGGCCCAGGGGGGCCAGGAAGACACUCCUGUGAGAAACAGGAGUUUCUCCCAGCCCGUCAGUGGGUUAGGAGAGGCGAGAGGCUGUGGAGAGCGAAGGGAAUACUCCCGUCAGUGUCUCAGAGGCCGCAGGGAACGGGUCUCUCACUCAGAGAAACUGCACGGAGCUUCUCUGGAGAGCUGACAUAGCUCUUCACAUCUCAGGGGAAUGGCACAUGAGGCUGCAGUGGGAAAUGGCUGGCCCCAGUAAAUUGGCACCAAAGCAACAAUAAGGCAGGCCGAACGGGAACUUGGACUGAAUAAAACUCUUGCAGUAAAUCUAUUUGGAAAUCACUCAGCUAGUUGUGUAUUGCCCGAUUGCUGAGGGCAUGCAGCUUCAGCUUUUAGUGUGUAGAGCACAUGGAGAUAGACACAGAUUGCUGUGCUCAUUGUUAAUUCCUGCAUUAUUUCUAAGUGGAAUUUUGUGCAUCUGCUUGGUGGUACUGCUGUGGGGAAUACGGCUCUGGAUACAACAAAGGAAAGAGCAGUUAAACUCAGCAGGAAGAGAUGGGAAGCGGCCAUUGCUGGUGGCUUUUUUUCACCCGUAUUGCAAUGCGGGAGGUGGAGGGGAGAGAGUCUUGUGGUGUGCUAUAAGAACACUCCAGAAAAAGUAUGGAAAUGUAACGUGUGUUGUUUACACUGGUGACAGAGAUGCCACUGGAGAAGAAAUAGUAGAAGGUGCUUUCAGAAGAUUCAACAUUAAAUUAAUUCAUCCAGUGAAGUUUGUAUUCCUAAAAAAACGCUACCUUGUGGAAGCUUCUCUUUAUCCUCACUUCACUUUGCUGGGACAAAGUUUAGGAUCAGUGUUCCUUGGCUGGGAAGCUCUUCUAAAGUGUGUUCCUGAUAUUUAUAUUGACUCAAUGGGUUAUGCCUUCACACUUCCCCUCUUUAAAUAUUUAGGAGGUUGUCGCGUUGGAUGCUACGUCCAUUAUCCCACUAUCAGCACCGAUAUGCUUUCUGUCGUUAGGAAUCAGGAUACCAGGUUUAACAACGCAGCCUUCAUUACAAACAGCCCUUUCUUCAGCAAAUUUAAGCUUGUCUACUACUACUUCUUUGCUUUCAUGUACGGGUUGGUUGGUUCUUGCAGUGAUGUGGUAAUGGUUAAUUCCUCUUGGACACUAAAUCACAUCCUUUCCCUCUGGAGAGCUGGGGCUUGCACUAGUGUUGUGUAUCCACCGUGCGAUGUCCAGACUUUCCUGGAUAUUCCACUGGAAGUGGAAAAGAGCACCAGUGAAUAUUCCAUUGUUUCUGUCAGCCAGUUCAGGCCUGAGAAAGAUCACCCUUUGCAAAUCAGAGCCUUCGCUAAACUGCUGAAAGAGAAGCGAGUGGGGCAGCAGCCGUCACUGAAGCUGAUCUUAAUUGGAGGCUGCCGUAACCAGCAAGAUGAAGAGCGUGUAAAUAACCUGAAACGUCUUUGCGAAGAGCUGGGAGUUGGUAACGAUGUGACGUUCAGGAUAAACAUUCCCUUCGAGGAGCUCAAGAGACACCUGGCCGAGGCCACCAUCGGCCUGCACACAAUGUGGAAUGAGCACUUCGGGAUCGGAGUAGUUGAAUGCAUGGCAGCUGGCACAGUUAUCCUGGCUCACAACUCUGGAGGCCCCAAAUUAGACAUUGUGGUACCCUAUGAAGGACAUGUUACAGGCUUCCUAGCAGACGACGAGGACAGUUAUGCCGAGACGAUGGCCUAUAUCCUCUCCUUGUCUCCUGAAAAAAGAUUGGAGAUCAGAGAAAACGCUCGUCGCUCUGUGCGCAGGUUUUCGAACCAGCAUUUUGAAUUCACGUUCCUGUUAUCUGUGGAGCCAUUAUUUAAAUAAAUGUAUAUAAAUAAAAAUUUAUAUGACUAAAAUUAACUUUUUGUAUUUGACUGUGUGGCACCUGUAAAUAUAUCUAAUCUAUGAUCCCUUGGUCCCAUUCAAUAAAGAGUUUUUUUUUCUUUCUGCCAGGCUAUCUGCUGUCUGUAGCAGAUUUUUUUUCUACUGGGAAAGAAAUACUUCUGUGUUGACUUCAUCACAGUGUGGUGCACUUCAAAACCCUCUGGAUUCACAAAUCAUGAUAUUGCUUUGGUAAAAGAACUAUUAUCAGGAAGCUCUUUUAUUUAUUGAAUACUUUCAGUCUUCACCCAUUUUAUGGCUCUCCAGCCGCAGUUACACUUUUUGAAGCCCACACUUUUGUUUUAUACCCUUUCUAUCCGGUAAAUUUUUUCCCCAGAAUCUGUAGCACAUUUUCAAUUUGAUCUUCCCUGUUGUGUGGCAGAAUUCUGUUACAUAGGAUUUUAAUUGCAGUUCUGAAGAUUUUUACCUACAGUGAUUCCUUUAGGAUAAGCAUUUAGUAGAAUGCUUUUUAUAAGUAAUAAUUGCACUUUUCUGUGAUCCUUAUAUUAGGUAUUUCCUCAUGUCCUUUCAUGGUAUAACAAUUUAGUGGUAUUUUUCCAACCCUACUCAGCUGAAAGGUUUUCUGUUCCUAGGGAAUAGAAAGGUCUAGAUUAGAGGGUAUCAUUAAAAGCUAUGCAAACAUGAAUGUUAAAGCUCUAAGUGACUGCUUAUUAUAAAACUGAGAACAGUACAAACCAUA